CGCACAACACGCAGGCAGGCAGGACGGACAGCGCAACUUCUUCCAUUUCUUCUUCUGAAGAGACGUCCACCACAGUCCCUGCACCUCCUCUCAUCACCCCCUUCUUCCCAUCAUCAUCCACCCACCGACUACGAUGGCAGCGCUGUGGCGGAGUGUGAGGCAUGCAUCUCGGUUUGUGAUCAUUGGGCCACCAGGUGGUGGCAAAGGAACGAUAUGCAAUCGCCUUGUCGAUGACUUUGGCAUGGUUGUGGUUGGCACAGGUGAUCUCAUCCGCCAAGAAAUCGCCGCCAAGACAGAGCGUGGAAAACAGGUCGAGGCUUUGGUGCAAAGUGGCAAGCUUGUACCAGACAAGGUUGUUCUGGACUUGCUUCGCGCGAAAAUGCAAACCCUCUGCUCGAAACCACUCAUCCUCGAUGGUUAUCCUCGAACACGGUCGCAGGCUGAAGCCCUGCACGAGAUUGCACCGCCGGAAGCCGUGCUUCAUAUUGACGUUCCCUUUGACGCAAUCGUGCAGAGGCUAAGCGAGCGCCUCUACCACCCGCCCUCUGGCCGCAUCUACAACCUCUCGUUCAACCCACCCAAAGUCGACGGCCUCGACGACGAGACGGGCGAUCCACUCCAGCGCCGCCCAGAUGACGAGCCCGAAACGGUGAAAGAUCGGCUGGAGACGUACUCGCGCGAAACGGAGCCCGUCCUCGACUUCUACAGGGAGAAACACAUUGUGCAGCGGUUUGCCGGCAGUGAAACGAAUAUCAUCUACCCCAAAGUGAAGGCCUUCAUGUCCUCCGCUCUUCCUCCAGAGUACGCAUUCCCAGACACAACAACUGCCUCCCCAACAACUGCCUCUGUACACACAGAGCAGACAUCUCUCUAAGCCACUGCACACAUUUGCAAACACACAUUUGCAAACACACACGGCGCGUAUUGGUUGCUUUGAAAUGACCCUCUUUUUUUUUUUUCCUGGUCUGUUGCAUCCAUGUGGGGUGCUCCCUCGCUGUCGUUCUACAUUGGCGAACGCACAAAUGCCCGUGUUGUUAAAAUUGAUUGCUGUAUUCACGUGUGCUGUCUUCCUCUUUCCUUUACAUGGCCGCGUUGACCGCCACUGUUCGUCGUGCAUUCGCCCAUCCGUUCAUCGCUGUCGCGCAUGCCUGUUUGGCCACGGCUGCGUCACCUCUCUUCUUGUGUUAACCAAUCCCACUCACAUGCAUCUCGUCCCUUUUCCCUUUUGUUUUUGCUCUUCCUUGUCCCACCCCACACACACCCCUUGCUUCCGCCGUUCAUCACGUGUCUGCUUCCACGCACACGCGUUUGUGCCCGCAUCGUGCCAAACAGCAACAAAGCCAACAGCAAUAAACAACACGCGUAGCGUCAGGGCGUCAGGUCAUGUCACAGCA